AUGGCGUCGUCUAAACCAACGCCCGUGCAAUCAUGGCCCAGCCUUGUCACGCCCUUUACACCAGAGCCGAGCUGCUAUGGCCUCGUCACCUCCGACGUUCAUAGGCAAACAUACACGUAUGGCGGCACAACCAGAACCUCUGUCACAGUUACCAUCGGUCCCAAUACCGCCAAUCCGUCGUACUCGGCCUGCGAACCGCCUGGUUGGGACGUUGCCUCACGAUUCUUCAGUCCCGGCUUCUGUCCGCCGGGCUCUGUUUACCACGCGGUUACUGCAACUACAAGCUCCUCAACAAGAGUAACACAAGCAUAUUGCUGCCCUGAGAAGUUCUAUACCUAUUCCUCCCUUGGCCAUGUCUACUGCACAACCAGUGCAUAUGACUAUAGCACAUACUAUGUGUACACCCAACCAGCCCUCACAGUCCAGUGGCAGAAUAGCGACACAUCUCUAGCGUCUACAGACAUCCCCAAGCUCAUCACGACGUCUUACCUGCGAACCUGGGAUCCGUACUAUGACUACGACUACGACUCCGACUAUAGUUAUUACUACUCAUCGACCACCACGCGGAACUAUUACGGCUACACAACCACACCAUCUUUGCCUACUUAUACUGGCAGCAGUGGCGCGUAUCCCUAUCCGCAGAGGGAGGCGUCAGGUAUGGACGCCAAGACGCGUGCCGUCGUCAUUGCCGUUCCCAUUGUGGUCGUCCUUUUGCUGGUGCUCGGUCUUGUCGGUGGCAUCAUCGGCUACAAGAGGAGCCAACGCCGCGCGGCGCUGCUCGAAAAGACUGCUCCGGAAGCUUCCGAGGCCGGAAGUUUUGCUGCGCAAGAGGCUAACAUUGCACAACCGGCGCCAGCAGUGGUGAACCAAAGCCGUUGA